AUGAAUCGAGAAACCCACGCGGAUAGGCGAUUCCGAUCAAAUUCACUCUCGCUCCUCCGCCUUGCUUCCGUCAUCGACAGCAGCAUACCCCGCCCGCAAAUAGAAGAUGCUAAUUACGAGCGAUGGGAAUACUGGUCAAGAAUGGCAGCAAGCUGGCUAUACCUGCAGGCUGACGAAGUUCUUCAGGAACGUCUUCAGAACCUUGUCCACAUACUGGAGUACGCCGAUGUCAUGUUCGAAGAAAUCAUGACAAUGGUCCAGGGUAGUGACCGUGCCGAAAACGCCCUCAACGAGGCUAGAAAGUUCGACAAGAUGAGACGUUCGGAUUACGACACGGCAAGGGAGUAUAUCACAGGAUACCUGAAGCAGUACCACGUACUGAAAAGAUUCGACAUUGCUCCUCAUCCAUUCCAUGCCCUUUCUCAGGUGCUGCAUCAACUUGGGAAAGAGAUUCCUAAGGUGCAAUUCAUCACGGAAGAAAUAUCCAGCAUGGAGGCUAAGAAGAUCACGCUCGAGAAGAUGGACGGCUACUGUAUAAGUUUACAGAUCGUCGCUGAUCGAGACGGAUCUUCGAACGCAGCCCAAUCUGCCAAUUGUGGUGGGAACCGUGGUCGUGGCCGUGGUGGAGGGGGUUGUGGUGGGCGAGGUUGGGCUGCGUUCGAAGAUCCGUGUAAUCUUCUUAGCCUCCAUACUGGCUAUUUCUUCGGUGAUAAAUUGGACCUUUGGGAUCUCUUUCUCCAGCUGAUACAGCACCUGAGAUAG